UUGGAGAAGUACAAUUCAAUUCAUAUUACCGGUUGCAAGGCACAGCAAGUUAAAAAUGGCCAAUCACAUUACCAAACCAAAGAAAGCAAAGUCCAAGCGGACACCCGUCCGUCUACGCCACAAGAUCGAGAAGGCGUCGGCCGCAAAGCAGCGCAAAGCUAGAAAAGAAGCCAAGAAGAACCCCCAAUGGAAGUCCAAGCUAAAGAAGGACCCGGGUAUCCCCAACCUAUUCCCAUACAAGGAGAAGAUCCUACAUGAGAUCGAGGAGGGUCGACGGAGAAAACAAGAGGAACAACAACGUCGAAGAGAGUUAGCUAAGGCUGCGAAGACGGGCUCUACGAACGAAGCUGAGAAUGACGAAGAUGCUAUGGAAGACUCUCAGGAUGAGGAUUUCGACGGCUUUGGAGAUGACAAUAACGAUGAUGCGAUGGACGAGGAUGAUGUCGACGACUCGUCGAAUCCCAUGGCGGCGCUUCUUGCGAGCGCGAGAGCUGCUGCCGAGAAGUAUGACCGCGAACUCCAAAGUGGGGAUGAUAUGGACGAAGAUGAGUCUUCAGAUGACGACGACUUCGAAGACGGAAGUGCCGAGUUACGUGCUCAGUCUUCAUCGCGGAAAGCCCACGACAAGGUCUUCAAGCAAGUCGUAGACCAGGCGGAUGUUGUUCUCUACGUUCUAGAUGCCAGAGAUCCCGAAGGAACAAGGUCGAGAGAAGUCGAGCGUAUGGUAAUGGCAUCGGCGAGUGGCGGCAAGCGGUUAAUCCUCAUUCUCAACAAGAUCGACUUAGUCCCGCCGCACGUCCUUAAGGAUUGGCUCACGUACCUACGGAGAUAUUUCCCUACCAUCCCCCUCCGCGCUUCCGGCUCCGCGCCCAACGCGCAGACUUUCAACCACCGCGAUCUCACCGUCCAGAGCACCUCCUCCACGCUCUUCAGGUCCCUGAAAUCCUUCGCCGCCACGAGGCAGCUCAAGCGCGCCAUCUCCGUCGGCGUCAUCGGGUACCCCAACGUGGGUAAGUCCUCCGUCAUCAACGCGCUGCUCUCGCGCCUCGGCGGUAACCGCGGCAGCGCUGCCGCGUGCCCCGCGGGUGCCGAGGCCGGCGUGACGACGAGCAUCCGCGCCGUCAAGAUCGACAGCAAGCUCACGCUGCUCGACUCCCCCGGGAUCGUGUUCCCCUCGGCGCACACGGGGGGCGAGGCCACGGCCGCCCCCUUGAAGAAGAGCGCGGUGGAGGCGCAUGCGCACCUCGUCCUGCUAAACGCCAUCCCGCCCAAGCAGAUCGACGACCCGGUCCCCGCCGUGGCGCUCCUGCUCAAGAGGCUGGCAGCGUCGCCGGAGCUCCUCCAGAAGCUGAUGGACGUGUACGACCUCCCGCCGCUCGUGGCGGGCGCCGACGGCGACCCGACGACCGACUUCCUCGUGCAGGUCGCGCGGAAGCGCGGGCGGCUCGGCCGCGGCGGGGUGCCGAACCUCGCGGCGGCCGCGAUGACGGUCGUGAUGGACUGGAGGGACGGCCGGAUCCAGGGGUGGGUAGACGCGCCGAAGCUGCCGGUCGCGACGGAGAUGUCGGGGGUGGCGGGCGCGUCGGCCGCGAUGCCGGAUCAGAAGGAGAUCGUGACGGAGUGGGCGAAGGAGUUCAAGCUCGAGGGCCUGUGGGGGGAUGACGAAGGGAAGGAGGGGGAGAAGGGGGAAGGGGAUAAGAUGGAGCAGUGAGAGGCGGUAUGCGGUAUGCGGUAUAGGGACGAACUUAAUAUCAAGUCUGCAGGCAGGAAGAAGAGACCACGGGGGAGGGAGAGAAAGAAAUAGGUAUAUGAGAUGCGGAAAAUCCGGAAUGAGGACUAAAGCAGCACGCGCU